GGCAUGGAGGGGAUCAAAGUGUUUUUACACGAACGAGAAUUGUGGCUAAAAUUUCACGAAGUGGGGACAGAAAUGAUUAUAACAAAGGCUGGAAGGCGUAUGUUCCCCAGUUACAAAGUGAAGGUCACUGGACUCAAUCCAAAAACCAAGUACAUACUGCUCAUGGAUAUUGUACCAGCUGAUGAUCACAGAUACAAAUUUGCAGAUAAUAAAUGGUCAGUGACAGGGAAGGCAGAGCCGGCCAUGCCAGGCAGGCUCUACGUCCACCCAGACUCACCCGCUACCGGGGCGCACUGGAUGAGGCAGUUAGUUUCUUUUCAAAAACUCAAGCUCACCAACAACCACCUUGACCCGUUCGGACAUAUCAUACUGAACUCCAUGCACAAAUACCAGCCCAGGCUCCAUAUCGUGAAAGCGGACGAGAAUAACGGAUUCGGCUCCAAAAACACCGCCUUCUGCACCCACGUCUUUCCGGAGACGGCCUUCAUCGCCGUGACUUCCUACCAAAACCACAAGAUAACUCAGUUAAAGAUUGAAAACAAUCCCUUUGCUAAAGGAUUUCGAGGUAGUGACGAUAUGGAGCUACACAGAAUGUCAAGAAUGCAAAGUAAAGAGUACCCGGUGGUUCCUAGGAGCACGGUGAGACAAAAAGUGGCCUCUAAUCACAGCCCUUUCAGUGGUGAGACCAGGGUUCUCUCGGCCUCCUCCAACCUAACAUCCCAGUAUCAGUGCGAGAAUGGGGUGUCUAGCACCUCCCAGGACCUGCUACCGCCUGCCAACCCGUACCCGAUCUCCCAGGAGCACAGCCAGAUCUACCACUGCACCAAGAGAAAAGCAGAUGAGGAAUGUUCAACCACUGAGCACCCGUACAAGAAACCCUACAUGGAAACCUCACCAGCAGACGAGGAUCCCUUCUACAGGUCCAGUUACUCCCAGCAAGGACUGAAUACCUCGUACAGGACUGAAUCUGCCCAGCGCCAAGCUUGUAUGUAUGCCAGCUCUGCUCCCCCCACGGAGCCCGUGCCCAGCCUGGAAGACAUUAGCUGUAAUACGUGGCCUACCGUGCCGUCUUACAGCAGUUGCACAGUGACUGCCAUGCAGCCUAUGGACAGAUUACCCUACCAGCAUUUCUCUGCCCAUUUCACCUCUGGUCCUCUUAUGCCCCGUCUCACUGGUGUGGCCAAUCACACAUCACCACAAAUAGGGGACACACACAGCAUGUUCCAGCACCAAACAUCUGUCUCUCACCAGCCCAUCAUCCGGCAGUGUGGACCUCAAACGGGCAUCCAGUCUCCUCCCAGCAUACAGCCAGCAGAAUUCCUUUAUUCCCAUGGGGUGCCCAGAACCCUUUCACCUCACCAGUACCACUCUGUUCAUGGGGUGGGCAUGGUGCCAGAGUGGAGCGAGAACAGCUAACAAGGCAAUAAGGGAAAUGCAAGAAAUCUAGCCAUGAAAAAUUGAAAACUAACAAGAAUAUUCUGCAAGACUCCUUUAACUGAAUGUUCACAGUUAGCACUCGAGAGAUGGACACUGAUCCGAUCAGCUGUUUGAAACCACAGAUUAAAUAGUAACUCAUUGUGACUUUUUUCUAUUAUUUUGUUCCAAAAGAAAAUCGACAAAACAGCACACUCCCCACCGCCAUUCCCUUCUCCAGACACACUUGCACAGAAUUUGUGUUAUUGCUGCACAAAACUUGUGCCCUUAUUCCUUCUGGUUUUCAAGUGAACACACAACUCCUGCUGCCUUUAACACAAUUAGAGUGC